CGAAAUCUGUGGGUGUGAUCUGUGCCUGAACAAACGCUUUGUAUGUAUUGCCGUGCUACAGUAAAGAUUGGCAGGUUGCAGAGUAGGGGACGACGACAGAAACAUGGCGUCUGCUCUCACAGCCUCUCCCUUGUCUGACGGAUUCCAAGCCGCCACGGAUUACGGUUACUACGACUACAACUACAACUACAACGGCUCUUUGGUGAUCCUGGGGGAGGACGAGCCCCAGCAAUUUGGCGGGACGUUCUCCGGCGUUCUGUACACCCUGAUCUUCAUCCUCAGCCUGGUGGGGAACAGCUUCCUGCUCUGGGCUCUGCUGGUGCGGGAGGACCUGAGGAAGACCACCACGCUCUUCCUCCUGCAGCUGGCCGUGUCCGACCUGCUGCUCACGCUGACACUGCCCUUCUGGGCCGUCUAUCACCUGCACCACUGGGUCUUCGGCAAGCCCGGCUGCCACCUCCUCGUCUUCCUCUUCUUCCUGGGCUUCUACGGGUACAUGGCGUUCCUGGCGGCGGUGGCGGUGGACCGCUACCUGGCCGUGGUCCACGCCGUGCGGAUGCUGCGGCUGCAGUCUCGGCUGUGCGUCGCGCUCUACAGCGCCUCCCUGUGGCUGGUGUGUGUCGCCGCGAGCGUCCGGGAAGUGGUGCAAUCCGAGACUGUGGAGUACGGGGGCGAGACGCAGUGCCAGGCGGUGCGUCAGCCGCUGCACCUGGAGCUACUGGGAUACGUCGUGCAGGUCAGCCUGUUCUUCCUCCUCCCCUUCGCCCUCAUCCUCUUCUGCUACGCGCGCAUCUGGGCCACCGUGUCCAGGUGCAGGUCGGCCAGGCGGGCGCAGGCCGUGCGGCUGAUCUUCUGCAUGGUGCUGGGGUUCUUCGCCUGCUGGGCGCCCUACAACGUGGUGCUGCUCCUGGGCGCCCUGCGGCUCCUGGGCUGCCCCGGGCUGACGGGGCCCGAGGCCAAAGAGAGGCUGGCGUAUGCGUACUACGUGUGCCACGCCCUGGCCUACUGCCACUGCUUCCUCAACCCCGCCCUCCACGUCUUCGGCAGCGGAAGGUUCCGCAGUUACCUCUCCGUCCGUCGCCACAGCGACCGGGGGAGGAGCCUGACACUCACCACUCAGCACAGUGUCCAGCGAGGUUCCACCUCCCUCGCUGGCUGGUGGCCAAAAACGAAGAAGAAGAAGAAGAAGAAGAAGAAGAAGCGGACGGCCUACCUCCUGCAGGUGGGCCUGCUGUUCCUGCUGCCGCUGGCCGUGGUGGUGUACUGCUACGCCCGGAUCCGGACAGUGACCGUGGUGCUGUGCAUCGUGGCGGCCUUCUUCGUCUGCUGGGGCCCCUACAACGUGCUGCUGGUGCUGGAGGCCGUGUACGGGACGGGGGGCACGGACUGUGACUCCCGGGCGAGGAUGGACCUGGCGCUGGCCUGCACCCGCGUCCUGGCCUACUGCCACUGCUGCCUCAACCCCAUCCUGUACGCCUUCACCCACAGGUUCAGGGCCCACCUCGCCAAAGUGUUCCUCUGCUGUCGCCCGCGGCAACCUGGAGCUGCCAAUGAGGGGGCGGGGGUGGGGUCGGGGGCGGGGCCUGGCACCGUCCAUAACAGUUCUAACAGCCUCUGGAAGGAGGGGGUGACAGGCGGGGAAGUGUCUGUGGCUACUCCCAAAAUCAACCCAGGCAUGGAACUGAAAUCCUUGGCUUAG